UUCUAAUAAUAAUAUAGCAAUCGAGAGUACGAAAGAGACACGGCUCCCGCUACAACUUCCUGUAUUUCGGUGUCAGUUACGAACCAUAGGAAAUGUACGAUACCGUCAGGCUCUUACGGGUCUAACUAUCGUUAGUUUCGUAUGAGAUCGGUACAUUUUAGUCAAGUAAUUGGCGAAAAUAGCUCUAGUGAUAUACAUAUAUGAUGAUGGAAGAAAAAUCAAAAGACGUUGCAACUCCCACGUUAAAAUACAAAGUUGCUUAUUCAGAGAAAUUAGGCAGGUAUUUACAAGCGUCGAAAGAUUUAAGAGCAGGAGAAGUAAUACUUCGAGAAGAUCCGGUCGCUGUUGGACCAAUGUCUUGUGUGAAAGAUCCGAUAUGUUUCGAAUGUUUGAGUAUAUUACCAAAUAUCGAGGAAGAUGUCAAUUAUGUUUGUUCGGGAUGCAAUGUUGUAACUUUGUGCGGCGUUACUUGUGAGGAGCGAGGAAUUUAUCAUUCAGCGUAUGAAUGUGAAAUUAUUAAGAAUAAUGAGGAAUUGUCGAUAGAAAAUACAGAUGUUUUAGCUGGUGUAUUGUUUGUUUUAAGAUUAUGGUUAUUAAAGCAAAAAGAUCCAGAAUUGUGGAAACGAAUCCUAUCUUUAGAAUCUCAUCUAAAUAAAAGAAGAAAUACAAUAGUUUGGGAAGACAGAGAAAUAAAUAUUGUAAAUGUUUUAAAAUCGUUGAAUUUUCUUGAAAACGAUCCAUCUGUUUCGGAGAUGAUACAACAAUUGUGCGGAAUUUUAGAUGUUAAUUCUUUCGAGCUCAGAUCUCCAGGAGGUAUGGAUGGACUUCUUUUACGAGGUUUAUAUCUGGAAGCCUCCAUGAUGGCUCACGACUGCAGGGGAAACGUUCAUGUAACUGCAGAUGAUAAUUUUCAUCUUACCGUAUAUGCUAGUAUACCGAUUAAAGAAGGCGACACAAUUUUCUUCAAUUACACUUCAUCACUUUUGGGAACAACAGGUAGAAGAGAAUAUUUGCGCACUGGAAAAUAUUUUGAAUGUGAAUGUGAUUUAUGCAAAGAUCCUUACGAAAUGGGAUCAUAUAUGAGCUGUAUUGUGUGUCCGCGAUGUAGGCAGGGUUAUGUAGGAAUGCAAGAUCCUUUAACAAAGUUUCCAUAUACCAAAAGUGCGAAAUGGCAAUGCAAUAAAUGUAAAAAGAUCAUAUCAGGAUGUCUUAUUAAAACUUCUUUAAGUAUAUCAAAAAAUUUGGUUGACGAUGUGGAUGAAUAUAAUAUUAAAGUAAUGGAAAAUUUAAAAGACAAACUAUCAAAAUCUCUUCAUAAGAAUCAUUUUUUAAUGUUAUCUUUGAAGCAAAAAUUAUUGAAUGUGUAUCGACAGGAAAUAACAGGACCAAAUCCGAAAAGGAAAAUCAUGCGAAGUAUGGUGCAUUUAUGUAAAGAAAUGUUUGAUUUACUGGAAAUAGUUGAACCAGGAAUAUCUCGAUUGAAAGGAAUUAUGUUAUACGAAAUACAUUUACCAUUAGCAUUAUUAGCGAAUCGUGAAUAUAAUGCACGGGAAAUUUCUUCAGGUGAAUUAGCUAAACGACUUGAAGAAGCUGGAAGUUUUUUAAAGAAAUCCCUAACUAUGCUUCUUUUGGAACCAGUAGAAACACCAGAAGGGAAAUUAGCUAAAAGGGCAUUACAAGAAUUAAAAUCAAUAAAUGAAAAUAUAGCUGACGUUAAAAGUUUGACUAAAACUGAAACUUCUAAUAGUAGUAGCAAAAAAUCUCAGAAAAGUAAAUCUAACAAAUCUGACAAUAAUACAUCUGAUAAUAAAUCUGAGAAUAAAUCAACAGAUAAAAAUAAACAAACAGAAAAUAAAAAUGUAUAAAAAAGAGAUAUUUAUAUUUAUAUAAAAGACUAAUGAUUAUUGUGUAAAGUAAUUUGUAU